AACUGGGGGUGGGGAUGCUUCUCUUCCAGCCUCCCCCAAGCAUCCCCGUGUCCCGAUGGUGGUGUUUGACCCCAUGGAAUGAUGGCCAACCCUCAACUUGACAUUUCCCCCCCCCUCCUCCUCUCCCUUAAGGACGUUGUGAUAACUGUCCCCGGAGCCGUUUGCCUUUCUUAUCGGGGACGGUGGCCAAACAAGCCUGGCCAGGAUAUAAGGAGCUGGGGCCAGGACCCGUGGUGUACCUGGUGUGUCCCUUCGCCUCAGUUGUUGGCCGGUAGAAGACACCAUGAAGGUGGUCCUGCUCCUUGCCUUGGUGGCCAUGGCCCACGGACUCGGCUACAGGGUCCCUCUGAAGAAGAUGAAGUCCCUGCGGCAGACGCUGAGGGAGCAGGGCUUGCUGGAGACCUACCUGAAGCAGCACCACUUCAACCUGGCCUCCAAGUACUUCCCCGCCCGCAUCAACGCCGAGCCCCUGCAGAACUACCUGGACAAUGAGUACUUUGGCACCAUCUCCAUCGGGACCCCAGCCCAGGAGUUCACCGUUGUCUUUGACACCGGCUCCUCCAACCUGUGGGUGCCCUCGGUCUACUGCUCCAGCCCUGCCUGCACCACCCACAACCGCUUCAACCCAGCCCAAUCCUCCACCUUCAUCGGCACCAACGAGAGCCUCUACAUCGCCUACGGCACCGGCAGCAUGUACGGCGUCCUGGGCUACGACACCGUCACCGUCGCCAACAUCGAGGUCCUCAAUCAGAUCUUCGGGCUGGCCGAGAGUGAGCCCGGGGCUUUCUUCUACUACACCCCCUUCGAUGGCAUCCUGGGGUUGGCGUUCCCCAGCAUCGCCUCUUCUGGGGCCACCCCUGUCUUUGACAACAUGAUGAUGCAAAACCUGGUGGCCGAGAACCUCUUCUCCGUCUACCUGAGCAAGGAAGGGCAGAGUGGCAGCUUCAUCCUCUUCGGUGCCAUCGACCCCUUCUACACCACCAACGGCAUCUCCUGGAUCCCGCUCUCCGCCGAAACCUACUGGCAAAUCACCAUGAACAGCGUCUCCAUCGGCGGCAAGGCCAUCGCCUGCGCCUUCGGCUGCCAGGCCAUCGUGGACACGGGCACCUCGCUGCUGGCCGUCCCCGAGAGAGCCCUGGGCACCAUCCUCAGCGUCCUCGGCGCCAACUCCAGGGGCCAGAUCAGCUGCAGCGCUGCCCGCAGACUGCCCAACAUCGUCUUCCACAUCAACGGCAAAGCCUUCCCAGUGCCUCCCAGUGCCUACGUGAUAGAGAACAAUGGGUCCUGCGACCUCGGCUUCCAAGGCAUGGAUGUCCCCACCGAGUCGGGCGAGCUCUGGAUCCUCGGGGACGUCUUCAUCCGCGAGUACUACGUCAUCUUCAACAGGGCCACCAACAUGGUGGGGUUGUCCCGCCUGCCCUGAGCAUGCCACCACGCUGGGGACAGGGACGAGCAGCCCACCUCGCUGUCCUUGGUGGCCCCAGCCCGGUGGCUGGCAGGGCUGGCCCUUGCCCAGCGCUCCUGUCCCCUCUGGUCAUGGCCACCGAGCACAAUAAAGGUGUGGAGAAGCC